AUGGCUCCUAGCGCUGGCUAUAAGGAGUUCUUCCCUAACGCUCCUCGCGCUGCCAGAGAUAAGGCUAAUGAACGCGAACGCGAGAGGUCCUCCAGGGCAUCAGAAACUGCCGACGCUGACUUCAAGACUACAACGCCUGCUCAUCGCGAUGGCGCUAAGUACGACUCGUCGUUAUCUGAUGCCGCACAUCCCCCGACAGAUGACACCGAGUCCCUGCAAGGAGAUAUACUCAAUGGUGUGGGUUCCGCAAGCUCCCACGCCAGUACCGCCUCCUCUGUCUUCACCAAUUUUAAUUCCUCCGCUGCUUUAAACACCUCUUCACGCGCUUCCAACAGCAACCUCACCCCUCUUACCACCAUGGGCUCGCCCGCAAAUCCUUCACAUAUGCAGCCCGCAAAACAACGCACCUCCGCUGCUAGCAAUAAUCCUACCAAGUCUGAUAAUACGAAUCCUACAAUGGCUACGGCGUCCUUGUCAAGUUUCCCCGGUGUCGCUAAGCGCCCUCCGGUUCGAGACCCUAACCUCACUAUAAGGGGGACUAAGUGUAUACACGAUCCUUCCACCGACAAAAGCCUGUCUUCGAGCGAUAGGAAAACAAUGAAACCUAAGUACAAGAAUAUCGGUUUGGAAGAUGACGCUCCCCCUCCAGACCCUCGCCUAUCCAAAGGCAGCUGGCUCGAUUACAUAAAUGUCGAUUUCCACCUCCCCAAGGCGAGGUUACGACAAACCCCGUAUAAUCUCAAACCCUAUGUAUACGAUUCAGCUACCUCUAUCGGCCCUGGACCUCCCACCCAGAUCGUCGUAAGCGGCUUUAACCCGUUAAUCGCCUUCUCCAAAGUCGUGACCAUUUUUACUUCCUUUGGGGAUAUCGCCGAAAGUAGUAACAAAAUGCAUCCCCAUACUGGAAGUUAUCUAGGCUUUGCAACUUUUCGAUAUCGAGACUCGAAGCAACAGCGAAGACCACCUGUUUCCGCCAUUGAUGCUGCGAGAAGAGCUGUCAGAGCGAUGAACGGGAAACGGAUCGAGGCGAAUUCUAUCAAGGUAGAGUUCGACCGAGAUGGUAAGAAAAGUAGGCUCAUGCUUGAGAACGUCCUCAAGAAGGGCAACCAAGAAGCUGCACGUGCAAUUGCUGCAGCGCCAGUACCUACUGGCCCGAGAAUAAAACCUCCCGAGGCUCUCCUAGGCCGAGCACCUCCUUCGGCACCACGAGGUCCCGCCGCCGACCGCCAAAAGUCCGUUGCCGCAACAGAGCCCAGCUGGGCACUCCCGACGCAGCCUAAAGCUCUGUCGGUGUUGUCAGACCCUCAGUCUCUUUCAACUACCCUCAACGGCGAACCGUACAUAUUCGUACCCGACACAAGCGUUCCGGUCAUGCCAACAACAAUACCCCAUAUGAAGAAGCGCCUUAAGUCAUACCAGUUCGAUGAUAUACGAGCGGAUAGGACUGGUUACUUCAUCGUCUUCCCUAAUAAUUCGUUUGGUCGUGAUGAAGCCUACAGAUGCUUCAAGUCAGCAGAUGGCAGCGCAUUCUUCAAUUACGUAAUGAUAAUGAAACUUCAUGAUUCCUCGUCGAGCUCUUCUACCUCCACCAGCCAGUUACGACGAAGCGAACCUGAGAGGAGAUCGAUGGCGGAUGUCCGGCACAGAGAGGAUUAUCAGUACAGGCCUCGUGAUGAACGACGCCGCGACGAAGAAGCAGUCUUGGAAGAGGAGAAGAAGCAACGUGCUAAGAACUUCGACCCCGUUAGAGAAGCUAUUGAAGUUGUCCGACGUGAGAUGAAAGAACAUCUGAUUAGGCAUAUCAGGACUAAGGUUGCUGUGCCUGCAUUGUUCACAUUUUUAGACCCGGCCAACCAUGUAGCCAAGAGACGCAAACUAAAUCUCGAGCCUCCUUCUGGACCUUCACGACCGACGAUUAGCAUCGAAGAACGAGAAGUAACGCCGAUAAGCACUCCUAACUCACGAGCCGAUCCGAUUGAACGCCGUACGGCCCGUCUCGAUGUUACUGCGCUACCUCGAAUCAGAAAAGCCAAGGGACAAGGUGCUGCGCGUAACUAUGGGUUUACGGACCCAUUCGCACGCAAGCGAGCUUCGAACAAUGCCUUCCGUUCGCUCCAUCACCGACUACAACCUCCAGAUAGUGACGACGAGGCCUCCGGAGACGAAUUCGAGAACCGUGAUUCUAUCGCACGCGACGUUGAAGAAGCAGACUCACGUCCUCGCAGUCGUAUGAGUACGGAAGAUGGGUUCGAGGAUGGCUUUGCCGAUGAAGACUCUAUGACGGAUGCCAGUUUUCCUGUUAAUGAUGGUGUUGUCAAGACCAAGAAGCGGAAGCUCGAUCUUCAUGUCGAAGCCGCUAUAAAACGGCAGAAGAAAUCAGAUGAAGAGCUGUUCGGCGUUACUAUUGAUACGCUCGAAAACGAAUUCCCUAGUCCGACCGAUGAUGUCCCUAUGCCUGACGCCGACCCCGAUAACGACAAGAACUCCGAAGCUCCUUCUGAGCUGCCGACCCCGAUUGAAAAGACGGUUAAGGGCCGAAAGAAAGCCGUUACACAGAAGACCAAGAAGAAGACUAAGAAGCAACUCUUCGAAGAACGUGAAGCGAUGAAAAAGAAGCAGCAAGAAGUAUAUGUUGAGGAAGCUUUGGAACAGGCAGGGAAAGAAGAAGAGCUCGAGCCCGAGGAAAAGCUACCACAGCCCCCCACUGAAAAAGCCGUGGACGAGGAAGUGCCUACUCGAGAUGAGCGCUUUUCCGAUGCGGUAGUCCCAGCUAUGGCCCUGCCGGAGUCAUUCGGGCUUUCAGUGCAGUCCAUAGCAGACCUUAACCUGCAGUCUAAAGACAGCCCCGAUACUGGAAAGCUCAAGAAGAGGUUCAGGUCAGGCGAGGUUGGCGAUCCUAGGCUCUGGGUAUGGAAACAUAAUCGCAUACGAGAACUUAAUUCCGAGGAGGGAUCGACUAAGGAGUCAAUCGUUAUCGAGGGCUAUUAUGUACCGAACCCUACUGGUUGCGCUCGUACCGAAGGUGUCAAGAAGAUUCUUAACUCAGAGAAGUCUAAGUAUCUUCCCCACCAUAUCAAGGUCCAGAAGGCGAGAGAAGAGCGCCAGCUCCGUGCCGCAAAGAAAGACGGUAAAGACACUGCAGCAGCGGCAGCUGAAGCAGCGAAACUUGCGGCACAAAAUUUGCUUGCCAAAGGCAAUUCGAGAGCCAAUCGUGUCAACAAUCGUCGCUACGUGGCAGAUUUGAAUGACCAGAAGAGAACCUUGGGUCAGGAUUCGGAGGUUCUGCGAUUCAACCAAUUGAAGAAGAGGAAGAAGCCCGUUAAGUUCGCUCGCUCUGCUAUUCACAAUUGGGGUCUCUAUGCCAUGGAGAAUAUUAACAAGGACGACAUGAUUAUCGAGUAUGUCGGCGAAGAGGUUCGACAGUCCAUCUCUGAGAUUCGGGAGAACCGAUAUCUCAAGAGCGGCAUCGGCAGUAGCUACUUAUUUCGAAUCGACGACAGUACAGUUAUCGACGCCACAAAGAAGGGUGGCAUUGCUCGCUUCAUCAACCAUAGCUGCAUGCCGAACUGUACAGCAAAGAUUAUCAAGGUGGAGGGUAGCAAGAGAAUUGUUAUUUACGCUUUACGAGACAUUGCUCAGAACGAGGAAUUAACUUACGACUACAAGUUCGAGCGAGAAAUCGGAAGUUUAGACCGUAUUCCUUGCUUGUGUGGAACGGCGGCAUGCAAAGGGUUCCUCAACUAA